GAUUGUAUGUAGAGUAUAAUUUCAUGGGAUAUCGUGGACAAGAAUUAGAAACGCCCAUCUCUUUACCGAAGCCCAAAGCUCCUGGCCAAAAAGUGAUAUUCAACUUCAAAAAAGCAUUUUAGUCAUCGCAAAAUGUUGUCGACCGCAAAUGCUCGUCGCGUGGACUAUUUGGCCGUUCGAAAACGGUCAAGUAUGGAUGACAUGAUUGAAGGCGUAGCAAAGCCACCGGGCUCUGUUCCCCUGAACGGUGCCCCGAUAUGGCCGCGUGUGCCCCUAGGUGCUAAGUUGCCGGUGCCUGAACGCAUACCACCAGGAAUUGUCGAAUUCUCACGCAACAAAGUCGGGGUUGAUCUAUGGAAAACUAAAGAUAAACUGGACUUCUCAAUUUAUGACCCUAACGGUUAUGAAUUUCGUUCGGAAUAUGAUCCAUUGCAUGAUCCAAAUCUAAGACACUAUUUUAGAAAUAACAUAUGUACUAUUGAAAGAUUACAGCAACUCGGAUUCAUAACACCCACAUAUGGUGCUACUUGCUCGUUAAAGAAGUUUAAUGAAUACAGAAGAUUUUUAAAUAGGAUACAUCAAUACUAUGUCGAGAAAGAAAGAAAGAGACUAGCAGAGGAAACACUGCUUGCAAAUUUGCUUGCAAAUGCUGAUGAAAAUAACAAAAAAGAGGAAGAGCGAUCCGCCAGGCAAGCGCAGAUUGAUGCGAUGCGUCAAAAUGCUAAACUGCGCCUGGACCGGCUUGCAGAGGAGAGAAGAGUAAGACAAGCGGAAAGGGAGCGGCGUUCUGCUUAUGCCACGAAAAAGUUAGAGGAACGUAUGCAAAAGCAACAAGCUAAUGCCAUGGAAGCUGCCAAAUUACAAACAUUAAAAAUAGCCCGAAUGCAACUAAUGUCCAGCGAGAUACAAAGACAACGUGAAGUUGAUAACAAAAUAAGAAGAAGAGAAAGAGAAUUUCGUUACCGACAAAAGAAGAAAGAAGAGUUGAAGGAAAAGAAAUUCUGGGAACAGAUGAGGAAUAAUGCACGUUGGGACACACUGAUUGAACGGCAAAUCAACAGAAUGGAGUAUGAAAAACGGUUGUUAGAAAAGCAAAAAAUAAUGUUUGACUUUAAUGUCAAAGUUCGAAAAAGGAUGGUUGCUGCUCAACGAAGAUGGUUCGACAGGAAAUUUGCACGAAACCGCCGUAAAACUUGUCUGUGCACAGACGAUGAAAAAAAGAAAAAGAAAAAGAAAGGUUCUAGAAGUCAAAAGGAUAGUGAUUAUAAAGAUGAUUAUAGCUACGAAGAUGAAAGCGAUUUCGAGUAUACACCUUACACUGGAGGAGAUAACGAUGAUGACGAUGACAAUUUCAAAAAAAGUAAAAAAAGCUCUGAGGAGGAUGAGGAAAGAGCAAUUGAAGAACGUGAAGAGGUAGUCCUGUCUGUCAUUGGAGUUUACGUUAAACACAAUGUUAAUCGAUUAUUGCGAGAUGUCCAGGCCAAACAGACUCAGCUCCUGCAAGGUCCUACCAAAAUGUGCAACGACAAUUUUUCUGGAUUUGAUGGAGAAACCUAUGAUCCUCAACAAGGUACCAGCACCGAUAAUAAUAAUUCUGAAAAAGGCAACAAUUUUCAAAUAUACCGAGUGACACAAUUGAAACCAAUUCUGAGCAAGCCAUUGAAGCCAGGACAGAAAAAAUCUAAGACUAGCGAGAACUUUCCUCGAACUGUUUCUUUUGGUAAUGUCGUUUCCGUUGGUACCGGCUCCAUGUAUGUUGAACCAGGCAAAGGUUUGAGAAGCACUAAAGACCGACUUCCUACCCCAGUCACUUCUUUAGAAACUCUUGCAGCAGCAGUUUCUUCGGUUCCGUGGAAUCCUUUACUGCCAGUUCCCGAUGCGUUUUUGCGCAGCUCUUCCACCAGUCAUGUGCCGGCUACUCCACCGUCUUCAAGGAUAUCGUCAGCUUAUAUACCGCGCCGAAAAUUAUCCACGUGCCGCCGCCCCUCUUCACUGAAUUUAACCAACAAGUCGUCGAAACGAUUUGGAAUAACUUGUUCGCCAGAAAAUUUGUACGGCAGCUUGUUUGAUGAAGAAUAUUUACGAGAUAAGCAAUACAGUGAGAGCAGCAGUAGUAACACUAAAGUUAAUACCGAUGACGAACUGUCGGGGACUGGUGAUUCUUACCAAUCCACGUUUAAAGCCAGUGCUAGUGAAUCAUGUGCGACAAGAAAAAGUUUUACACACAAAGGGCCCUUGCAGUGUCAGCGGUCCAAGAAAACUUGCCUCGACGCCGUAUUGUAUUCUGAAAGUUCGCACGCUGCACUAACAUAUGUGCUUUCUGAGGCUGAAGGGCUUCUAUUAGAUAUCACAUUAGAUCGUGUCAGAAGAAAGUUAGGAUCACUGGUACGUGAACGAUUAGAAAAUGGAAUAGAUAUACAUACCAAAAAGUUAUUCAGAGAUUUUGCAGGACAAAAUAAAAGAUUUAUCAUGCUGAGUGCUGCCACCAACUUAAGCGACGCAAUUAUGCGCAUGGACGCCAAAGAUAUACUUGAUGCUGUAGAAUUACGUUAUGCAGCUGACGCAAUUAUUUAUGAGAUGCUUGGACCAGAAAAAUGUGCGAUGAUAGCACGAGAAUCUCGCUGGACACAGGGUAAAGAUUUGAUUAGUCUUUUAAAUAAUUCAGAAAUAGAAGAAUGCAAAAUGCGAGAAGCUUUAGGCCGGCAUAAUUUAAUACCCGUCGAUCAAGACAAAGUUAAGUCAAAACCAGAAAAAUUGCCCAAUAUCAAGCAGAAAGAUAGAGUAAAGUCGGCUAGAGAGAAAACAAGGCAGUUUGCAAAAUCUGCUCAUGAUACAUUUAAAAGAGUUGUUAGAUCUGGGAAAGAUAAAACAAAAACACCUAACGUAAAAAGUGAUACCAAAGAGGUGUGCAAAGAAGAGAAACGUGCUGAGGCUGAAACAGAAAGCAAAGAAAGAUUUAUAAAUUGUUCUAAAUUGGGAAACAAAUCAGCAAAAGAUGUUAAAAUAGCAGAAAAUGGCAAAUAUACAGGAAAUGAUAUGUUGGAGCAAGAGAAGUCAGGUACCAAUGUGUCACAACAGGAACUGGAAAAGUUGCCGAAAGCCAAUAAAUCGAACUGGUUUAAUAAAUUGUCCCGAAAGAAGUCAAAAACUUUGAUCAAAUCACAAGAUACAAAACAACUAGAAAUCGACCCACAAAGUACAAGUAGCCACCAGGAAAAACAAAAGCUAUUAAAAGGAAAGGAGAAGGGAGUGGUGAAAAUAUCAAAAUCCAAGCUUAUCGAGAGUGAUGCGAUUAAAACUGAAAAAUCUAAUACGGCUAACCGCAUUGAUGUGCAAGAUUCAUUGGUUAACCUCCUCAAAAUUGCCGAUUACUUACCAAAAACUGGAUUUGAACAGAAGGUUGCAAGAAAACAGUUGGAACUGCAGAAUUCAUCACGAGAGAUCGAAAGAAGAAUGAAAAACAAAAGUAAAUUAUUUCGGAAAUCUGCGAAUGAACCGACAAAACCAGAAUGUAACAGCCCCAAAGAAAAUAUAAAGUCAACUGUUGAUCAACAGGGAGAAGUGGUUAAAACGGGCUCUGAAAUAUUGAGUGAGGAAUUAGUUACCGAUCUAGUCAACACGGCUGUCAAGGUGAGUGGCGAAAAGAAUAUAGAGCUAUCUGUGAAUGAUGAUUUACAUUUUAUUGUUUAG